UCUACGGGGAGAUCUGUCGUUAUGGUUUUCUUCCCAGGGAGGGCACAAUCUUUUCUUCUCACUCUUCACUGAGCAUAAACCCUAAAAUCCCCUCUCUUCCAAUCCAUCACCAUCCCCCAUAAACCCUUGCUUUCUUCCCCUCUGAAUGCUGCUUUCUGCACAAUUACUCAACUAUUUUUUGCAAAUAUUAUUUAUUGAUUGAUUGAUUGAAUUCUAGUAUUCACUUCGUGUUUGUGCUGCUGUGUGAGAUCAUUAUUCACCAUGGAUAUCGAGCAAAAACAAGCAGAGCUAAUCGAUCACUUCGUCAACCGAGCAUCCGCCAGUAAAGGUUCAGCCCUAGCGUCCAUCAUCGUCGAAGCCACAUCGCAUCCUUCUCUCUUUGCUUUCUCCGAGAUUCUUUCCGUCUCAACCGUAGCUGAGCUUCCAGGAACGGAACAUUCUGUUUUUGUGGACAUGCUUCGUUUGUUUGCACAUGGCACGUGGAGCGAUUACAAGAAUAAUGCUGGACGUCUUCCUCAACUAGCUCCAGAUCAAGUCCUCAAGUUAAAGCAACUUACCGUACUUACACUUGCUGAGACAAACAAGGUAUUGCCAUAUGAUCAACUAAUGCAGGAGUUAGAUGUCACAAAUGUUCGUGAACUUGAAGAUUUUCUUAUCAAUGAGUGCAUGUAUGCGGGCAUAGUUAGGGGAAAGCUGGAUCAGCUGCGAAGAUGUUUUGAGGUCCAAUUUGCUGCUGGGAGGGAUCUGAGGCCUGGUCAACUUGGAAAUAUGAUCCAAACGCUGUCAAGCUGGUUGGCGACGUCAGAUAACCUACUUGUCUCAAUUCAAGAGAAGAUAAAAUGGGCUGAUACCAUGAGCGAGUUGGACAAGAAACACGGGAAGGAUGUUGAAGAAAGGGUGGAAGAAGUAAAGAAAUCAAUGUCCCUCAAGGCCGAUGUUGAUUUCCGAGGGAUCGAGGAGAUCUACUCUGAACCUGGUGGAGUGAUGGACUAUGAAGAAGAUCGUAGCCGACCUAAGAGGAGACGGCAUCCAAUAUCUUGAAAGAUGGAGCUCGGAUCUCAUUGGAAUGGGGGUAUCUAGCUAACCAGCCGGAUUUUUGUUGAUGGCAUUCCAACUACAGAUGAUUCUGCUUUUGGGGACAACGGUACCUCCUUGGUAGUGGAUUUUAUCAGUUAUCAUUGUUGCUUUAGACUGAUACUUAAAGAAACCAUUAGCUUGUCUUGAACCCCAUUGCCAUUCCAAUUGAGUUGGGAACACGACACAGGAGCAUAACUGGUGGUGCGGCCAAAAAUUUUUAUAGAGUUCAAGAUGCUCAAGAUUGUAAUUCAAGUUAUUGUGCCGUUUUGUGUUGAUGCUACAUUUUGGGAUAAAAUUAGCUGCAUAUUUUUUAGUACAUCAUUGCUAUAUUAUUGUUUCUUCUCCUUACUUCUCUCUAGCUUGGUCUAAGCCCAUUUUUG